AUGGCUGGAUCCAACGAGCCCAUCGCUCACAUCAAGGCCGUCCUGUUCGACAUGGACGGCCUGCUGAUCGAUUCGGAAGGCAUCUACACCACUGUGGUCAACGACAUCCUCCGCCCCUACGGCAAGGAGCAGACGUGGGAGAUCAAGGCCAACCUUAUGGGCAAGCCUGAGCGCGAAGCCACAUUAACGCUGCUAUCUGCGCUUUGGCCUCCCACCAAGGAGGGUGAGCUGUACGGCUCGGAUUGUCCGUUUGACAUCGACACGUUCCUCAAGGACCGCAACGAUGUGCUUCUGAAAGCGUUCGAGCAGGUUCCUCAGAUGGCAGGGGCUACGCGUCUCGUACAGCACCUGCACAAGCACAAGAUCCCCAUCUGUGUUGCUACGGGCAGCAAGCGCCGGAAUUACGAGAUCAAGACCGCCAGCCACCCGGAACUCUUUGGACCCUUUGCCCAGCGCGUCAUCUGUGGAGACGAUGCAAGGCUCACACGCGGCAAGCCACAUCCGGACAUCUUCCUGCUCGCUGCGAGGGAAGGACUGCUGAGCGACCACCCCGACGAGCAAGAAACACUGCAGCAGCUUGGAGACAGUUGGACCGACACCCUGCGUGCGAUGGGCGAGCAGUUCGACGGAGACCACAACCUCAAGGGCGCCGAAGCUAGCAUCUUGGUGUUUGAAGAUGCAAAGCCAGGCGUUCAGGCUGCAAAGGCCGCCGGCAUGCAUGUUGUUUGGGUUCCCGAUCCGAACCUGCGUGCACUCUUCCCCAACGAGGAACUCGGCGCUUCCCAAACCAUCAACUCGUUGCUCGAUUUCGAUCCCACCACCUGGGGCCUGCCGCCGUUCCAAGAUUCCUAG